ACGUUGUGUUCACUUUGAACCUUUUUAAAAGCUUUUUGUAUGCUUGAAUUCUGUCAAGAAAGAGAUAUUUACUACAUACAAAUGUAGUAUUUUCCAAAAAGUAAAGUCCUAAAUUAUUUGUCAUUAUUGAAAAUAGUUUGGGAAAUGCUGGUGCCUUUCUGCAUACAUUAGGAGGACGAUAUUUUCAUGCCAAGUCUUAACCGUGGAGAGCUAUGGAAAAGGACUUUACAUGGAGGAAUGAGAGGUGGCCUUAUUGAAAUCCUUGCACAGGAGAAUCUUUCCCCUGGCUGAGAAGUCUAUAUCGAGGGAUCACAGGCUGUUUAGCUCAGAAAUGAGGUUCUUCAGAUACUUCUGUUCUGUAACUGGAUUUGACACUGGAGCUGGGGCUCUUCCUGAAAGAAUUUUACUUCCUGAUCAGAUCAUCAAAAAGCAGAAUAUGAAAUACUGUAAUGGACCUGUUGAUAUUCUAAAACUAUCUGAUGUUUAUUUAAUGAAUGUGGAACAAUGGAGCUGCCUAUGGAACAAGUGCCUACAACUUACACAAGUGGAGAAUAUAAGAGUGACUACUGGGAUUUUAUAAUGUCUCAGGUGAAGAUUUUGCCGUCCAGGCCUUUAUAGCAAACAGUAGUUUGGAAAACAUUUCAUUGCAGGCUCAAAAGGCACUAAGAAGGGUCACAGGGGACUUCAAAAAAAGAGCUGCUCCAGCAGCUUCACAGACUGCAUCAAUGCCAGAGCUGUCUAACGAGUACAUUACACACACAGCAAGCCUGAACACCAGAAUGCAAAUGACAGACUUGGCUACAGAGAAGGACUUAAUCAGUAUUAUUCAGGUUCUACAAAGUGCAUGUCUAACUUGAACUAUUCGGAUAAGUCUUUUACAACACAUGCCCAGAGAACACAAGAUUCCCCAGCUUACAGAACAACCAAUGCUGAAAUUAAUUUUGGUGCAAGAAUUGAGAAAGUACAAAUAAAAGACUUCUGCAUGCAUAGGAAAGAGUCUAUUACGCUAGUCACUUCUGAUACUGCAAAAUACCAUCAAUUACCCAAGCGAAGUUUUGCAAUUUAUAUUAUCAAUGAAAAAUAUGAUAAUAAUACACCAAUACUACACUGUGUAGAGAAUGAGAAAAUGAAUGUGCAUUUCCAUCAGUCCCAAUUCAAAACAUGAAAAAUAGAUUGAAGACCAGGAAUGAAGACCAAGGUUUAUCUGAAGAAGCUGAGAAUAACUUGAAGAGUUAUUUUUUUAUGACACAUCCUCAUUCCAGAGCGCCCAAAUCUGAGCAGCAUGCAACAUCCAGCAAAGCAAGGGAAAAGAAUCCAUCAUCUUUAAUCUCACUGAUAAUCAGAGAGGAAGCAAAAAAAGAUCAUGGUGUUUUGCCUGUUUGUUUACAGCAUUCCGAGGGUGAAGGCUCCCAGGAAUCAUUAAAAUACCCAAACACAUUUCUCAGUAGCACACUGCCGACAACGCCAACUGCAGAAAGCAUUCCUGAGUCCACAGUAUAUUGCAGGAAAGAUAAAACAUUGACUAAAUCCAGGAAUGGGUUUUCUUCCAUUACAAUUACUGCCCGAAGAAUGGUGAGCCCGGCUAAUAAGCUUCCUAAGCCAACUGUCGGUGCUUCUACACGUGAGAAAAAAGCGCCUCAAUAUCAGAGAUCUGUGAAAGUCCUGAAAAAUUUCAAGAGUUCUGAAGGUACUAUGAGCAUUCAUUCCCAAACAGAUAAUAUCAAUGAGUUUCCAUGUAAGGGAUGUACUGUUACAGAAGAGAGUUCCCAGUCUCAGUCAAUGUUAUUUUCAACAGGAGAUAGAGUAAGCUCUUUAAAAAUUGAAAGCAAGUAUCAUGAAACCUUGCUACCAAGCAACAAUGAAGACAAAACCAAUCUUCCUUCUCAGCAGUUUCAUCCUGCUACUUCCUUUGUAUAUUUCAUUGUCACACCACAGUGUUUUAACAGUACUUACUACUUAGACAAAUCUCUUUUGGUUGAUCUUUGCUCUCUUACAAAUAACAAUGGAUCUGCAUUAAAACAAAAAUCAUCUCUGUCCUUAAAACUAAGCUGCACUUCUUCUAAAUCAUCAGCAGAUGGUGGUGAUGGCAUGUUUAAAUUAAUUUCAUUCAUCACAAGCUCAAAACAAGAAGUUGCUUGCAUCAUGUUGGAUAAGAAAUACCCAGAUAUAUCCUUCAGAACCAGAGAUAUUACUCAGCAACAAUCAUCAGCUGCCCAGGAAGUUUCUAAGACUAUGUGCCAAUAUAAUGAACAUUUACCUUCUGGUGGAACAGAAACUCUAAGUUCGCCCAAAAGGUCGACUUACCUCUUUAUUUCUCUUUCAAAUAUGAAUAAAGGAACAAAUUAUUUAAUUAAUGAACAGAAGUAUAAGCCAAAUCACUGUGAAGUGCAGUGCCCCUUCUCUGAUCUUAUUAGGAAAUCAGCUGAUACGAAAUUUUCCAACAGUCAUGUUGAUUUAAUGGAAAAGAGGAAUCACACUUUGAAACAAAACCGAGAGAAAUCCACCCUCAGCAUUACGACAACAUUUACAGGGUCUUCCACUGAAAUUCAAGGGGAAGAUGCUGAGACCAACCAGUCAGAGCUCACUGCUGAGCAUAAGAAAACUUUGUCAGAAGUACUCACACUGCAGGAGGCACUGGAGCUGUACAAGCCAGAUUUUAUCUUUCGAUCACAAAAGCGCUUACAGGAACUUGAAGUUAAGGCAAAGCAGAGGAGAGUACAGAUGGAUGAACGUGUGCUGCAGCGAAGGAAAAGAAUGGGACCACUAGUACAGACUAUGCCAUUACCUUCUCCAUUUAAAAAACGUCAGUGCACCAUACCACACCCUCUGAGCGAUAAUCUAUACAAACCAAAGGAGAGGAUGAUUCCAGAGAAGGAAAUGCAGAUGAGAUCCAAAAGGAUUUAUAACAAGCUGCCGGAGGUGAAAAAGAAAAAAGAGGAAGAGAAGAAGAAAGUUGUUUCUCAAACAAAUCGAUUGCGAGCUAUGGUUUUCAAAAAGAAAUUGCUUGACCAAAUACUGCAAAAACAAUGACAAUUUUCAGGAAGCAUCAUGAAGAACUUUUACUAAGGCUACCAGAGAAAUCAUAUAAUCGAAGCUAUUGCAAUUUAUAAGAUGCUAAUGUAUGAAACUCCACCAUUUCAAGUUUUAAACCAUCGGUGAUUGAUUUAAUUUUUCAUGAGUUUUCUUAGAGUUUCACAUUUUGAGAAAUGUUUGUUCGUUAUUAUUGAGAAGCACUUGCAUCUAAGUCCAUUGGUGCAUUAGAUGUAACUACAAUUCCAUUAGGAAUAAUGCAUGUUUAGUAGUUCAGGGGUUUCAUUGUUUGGAAUGAAUCAUCCAUUGGAAUGAAGUUCAACCACAGAUAUUGAUAAGGACAACAAACCUGAACUUAUUUCUUGUUUUUCUCAGAGCUAGAUUGAAAAUUCCUGGGUGUUCUCCCUAACCCACUAAUACAUAAAUAUCUAACUAAAUGCUUGAAGAAUUAGGUCUAUAGAAUAUUUCCACAGUAUAUUAAUAUAAAAGCAAAUAUUAUCAAAAUAUAUGAAGCUUAAAUAUUGUGGUGCAAGCAUUAUAUUUACAUUCAACCCCUGUUGGUAGCUCCCGUUUGGUUGUAAACCAAGGCACAAGCUGGACUAUUGUCCUCUCCUCAGACAGGAAUAGGUUCAGUUCUCUUGCAUGUAGUUAAUUUCAGGCAAAGAUCCAAAAAUCUCUCAUUCUGAUCCAAAAUCUCAAACAGAAAUAUUACAAACGUAAUUAUUGUGGAAGGGGCUUUACUACUCUGCACUUUGAAUUCUGUACUUGUCUCCAAUACAUGUGCGGACUGGCUUCACUUUUAUAGUGAAUUAGCAUAUUGAGAAAAAAAAUAGACCAGUAGAAUUUAGGAGUAUCUUAUGGCAUCUUGAACAACCAUGCAAACAGAUAAAUGUGGAGACACAGUAAGAGGAAAUGGUAGAAAUUACCCUUCUGGCCCAAUGCACUCCAGCAGUGGUGAUUUAUAUGAAGCUUUUAAACCUAAGCAGGCCCCAGAAAAAAAUUAUUGUAAAAUAGGAGGAAUGAUAUGACAUAUAGAUAGAAAUCCUUCCAAAAAUAAGCAAUAACCUGGCCAAGGAUAAAUCUUUUGAUUUUGCUAUACUUCUUACAUUUUGAAAAAAUACGUGCAGCUUUGCUUAAAAAAAUUCAAACCAUUUUGAAAUCUUGUGUAUUUGAGUUCAUGUGCUAAAGCAGUGCUGCUAAUUUUUACUCAUUUUGUAAUGACCUGGUGCAAUAAUUAUUAGUAAUUGUAGAUAUUUUAACUGAAAUUUAGUGUCGCAAAUUAUAAAUGACAAGGCAGGUUCACAUUUAGUAUUCAUGAUGUGCAAUUUUAAGUUAUCUAUUUACUGUAUUUGACAAGGUAGUUUGAAAUUGCCCAACUAAUCAAUAUGAAUCACCAAUUUCAUUAUCUAUUUGAAUGUAUUGAAUUCAAAGGUUGUCCAAUAUCAGGGUAAAUUGUUACAUUUUAUUAAUGAUAUUAAAUGGGACUAAAUCUUGAUGAACUUCCAACUUUCAUUUCUUUCUUGCAUUUAGAUCAGUCACCCACUAUAUGAAUAGAUUGUAUUUGUUUUCCUUUAUCUAAUGAAACAUCUGUCACAGCAUACUGUAUCUAUAUUAUGUAUUAUUCUUGCAAAUGAAAGAUGAUUCAAAAGGAUUGUUCUACUGAG